AUGUAUGUCAAACAGCUCACCAACAAGCCGCCCGCUUUCUACGCCGUGGCGCUUGUUGUGACCUUGGCGCCGUUAUAUUUUGGUUCGUACCAAUAUCGCAUCCGUCAUCCCUACGGCGGCGGAAUGGGUGGUAGCUUUCUCACCUUCAUCCAGGACUGGCUGGACAGAGAUCUCAUCCAGCCGUUUGAUCCUUCGCCAAUCGCAGCACACUGUAAACGGUCAACAUGGCGAUCAGAUCUGAUAUUCAAUCUCGAAGGCGGCCCACGAGGUGAUGUGGCAGAACUACGAAGCAGUGUCCUCGACUUCAUCUUCUAUGCUAUCGAGGCUAGCGCAUCGAUCGUCCUCCCGUACGCUGAGGAGCGAGCGGGUUUCAAUGAGGAAGGAAAGGCUGUCGAGUUGCCGGACUUUGGGAUGUUGUUCGAUCGGACAUGGUUUUUGGAAGCUAUUGGACAAGCUUGCCCGCAGAUGACGGUUUAUACGCCAGGAGCGGAGAUGGAGGAUAUGGUGUCGCUACCGAGAACGUAUACGCCAUACAGUCGCAGAAUAGAUAUUGGCAAGGGCAAUACAAAGGACGAUUUUUUGCACGACCUAGAUGCUUGGCUCAAGGAGGGCGUCAACACAACGAGUGGAGGACGGGCGACAUUGGUCAGCUUGGAGCGAAGUCUAUGCAACGAGGAUGUCCGCAGACUUGCUGCUACGGUCGUAAAAGCAAGCGCUGCGAUGUAUCCGUGGCUCAAGAUCAACGCGAGAGAGGUCAUACCUUCGCAGGCAUUUGUCGGUGCAUAUCUACACACCUUCGACUACGAUGCCGAGAGCUCGAAGAACGGUGAAGCAUAUUCAGGAUUCUCGGCGCAGGCCGAUGCUCUGCUCGCAUAUGCCGCACAACACAAUUCUCAUGUCGUUUACACGGCCUCCGAGAAUGUCACAGAGUUGGCCAGGCUCAAGCAGAAAGCUGCAUACCUAUCUCCGCCAAUCAUUGCCAUCACCAAGUUCAGUGUCCUCACGGACAGCGACGUCAACACGCUGAAAAGCUUGACUCCGCGACAACAGAAGCUGGUCGACUACGAAGUGCUGAGGAGGAGCAGCGUGUUUGUAGGACCAAUCUGGAGUCCCAUGAGCUAUGCAAUAGCUUUGGCUAGGAAUGAGUGGUGGAGUGGCCAGGGCAGAGUCAAUGAUCCGUGGUAUGUGACACAUGCUGAAACCGGCAUUGCGUUUGAUGACGGCAUGAGUCGGGUGCUCGGUCGUGAUGGGUUGAUCGAGCAGCGAGUGGUGCGGGCAAUAUGGCCUUGA